AUGGAGGAUCCCAGCCGCCCCAGCAGCACCGAGCCCGACCUGUCGUGUUUCCCGCCACUGGAGCGCACCCAUGAUGAUGUCAGCGGCGCUUUUGCCUGUGUGGAAGGGACCGGCCCGUCUGAUGGGUGGCCGGCGGGGGGCAAGGAGCCCAGCGCAGAGCCAGAAGGAGCGUUUGUUCCCCUGGACGACUGGGACUGUCGGGUUCUCGCCUCCUCCGACCUCGCCAGCUGCUUGUUGGAGGAGCUACACACUCAGACCGGCGAGCUGCCCGUGUUGGACCAGAGCAGCCUGGACCGCGUGUUCCUGGCCCCGCCCCGUCCUGACGUGGCCACGCCCCUCCCCGUACGCCGUCACAGCGGUGGUGCUGGCGGUCCUCACAGCUGGCGUGGUGACGCACACAGCGCUAAGGGCGGAUGCAGCUCCCGCAAAACUCCGGGAAUCCCGUCCCGCUCUCCGCGAUCCUCCCACUUCCUGACCGCGGACUCGAACCUGUUUCCUAAGAUGAGCAGCCACCACUACCUCCCGAGCAGCGUGUCGGCGUCGGGCGUGUUGAUACACCACCACCCGUCCUCCUCAAGCUCCACCCCUCUCCCGCUCAGACUAGGCUCCGCCCACGGCAACAGCUCGCCAGUGUCCUCCUCCUGCUCCAGACGUAAGGAAUCUCCCAUGGACAUGCACAGCUACAGCGUAUCCAUGGAUAAUCUCAUCCGCUGCUCGGUGCACCCUCCGCACGCCCCAGCGAACCGCUGCCUCAACACCCACUCCCUGAAAUCCUUCCCCUCCUCCACCUCUCCCUCCUCCUCCUCCCCGCUAUCCCACCACGGCCCACAUGGCCCGCUCGUAUCCUGCUCCUCCCCUCACUCCCAGCCCCGCUUCCAGCCCCACAACGUAUCCUCAUCAUCAUCAUCAGUAGGAGGAGCAGCGUCGUCGUCAUGCGGCACCCUUCAGCAUCGCUUCUCUCCUCACGUCUACGCCUCCAACCCGCGCGGAAACAGCCCUGCUCUGAUAGACCACCCUCUCUCCUCCUCCCCCAAACAGUCCCCGCACCACCACCACAUGUACCCGAUACGAUGUCCGUCGGGGGGUGGUGGUAGCUCGGGUCCCCGCCUCUACCCCAGCUCCAUCGGCCUCAACUCCCCCGGCCCACUCAUCACCUCCCUGUCUCCUCUCAGAGGGCCCUCCAAGGCUGGCUGUGGCCCCAUGAAGAGACUGGAGUCUCGUAUCAAGUUGUGGUAG